GGUGGGUUCACCAGCUCGUCGACUGACUGACUUUUCCGUGACUUGCUGCAGAAUCUCGGCUGGGGCAGAAGGUGGCGGCAGCUCUGACUGUGGUGGAGGAGGCUCUGGCUAAGUACGGUCUCCCCGAGCUCUGCGUGGGAUUCAACGGGGGAAAGGACUGCACCGUCCUUGUCCAUCUCUUCCACGCCGCCGUCAGCAGGGCAAACCCAGACACCAGCCAUCAACUGCAGGCUCUAUAUGUACGCCUCGUUUCCCCCUUCCCUGAAAUGGAGGACUUCAUCCAGGAGACCUGCAAGAGGUACAAUCUCCAGCUCUACACGGUGUGUGGGACCAUCAAGGAGGCGCUGACGGACCUGAAAGAGCAGCAGCCCGGCAUCAAGGCGGUUCUGAUGGGGACCAGGCGCACGGACCCGUACUCCCGCACGCUCAACCCCAUGUGCUCCACUGACCCCGGCUGGCCCGACUACAUGAGGGUGAACCCUCUCCUGGACUGGAGCUACCAUGAUAUCUGGGAGUUUCUGCGUACUCUCUACAUCCCGUACUGUGUCCUUUACGACAGAGGGUACACAUCUCUGGGGAGUAUGGAGAACACAACAAAGAAUCCAACCCUGCGCUAUGUGACGGACCUGGGCGUGGAGCGUUACUGGCCCGCCUACCACCUGCAGGAGGAGGCUGAGGAGAGGUCCUCGCGAACCUGAGCCCAUCCGCGGGACCCUGACUGAGCUCUUAACCCCACUAUCCCACCCCAUAUCCUCUGACCCCUCCCACCCUAACCUCUGACUCCCAAACUCUGACCCCUCCAACCCUAACCUCUGACUCCCACCCCCUAACCUCUGACAACCCACCCCUCCCCCUGAACUGACCCAACUUCAAACAACCUUUCCCCACCCCCACCCCUCAGACUGGGUUUGUUCCUCUGCCCGGACCCUGUCCCCCUCACCC